GUUAACCGGAGACUUGCCGUUUCAAGUAACUGAUGCUAGCCAGCCACUGCUAACAACGUUAGCUAACAAUAGUUAACUGUUAGCUGCUAGCAGGGACGUGUUUUAAAAGGCGUUCUUAGCUUGACCAGACCUUAAAACUGAGGACUAAGCGAUGAUGCAGUGUUUAUUUAUUUAAACGCCUAGAGGAGGGUGCACGGUUAGCUAAUUAGCAGCUAUGUCUACAUGUGUUUCUGUUACUGAGCAAACAUGAAUGAUGUAAGAUGAGUGGACUGAUCAGCAAUACGUCAGCUAGCCUUAUGAGGAGUAGCUUUCAUUUUCUGGAGAAGAGAAACAAACUUCUGUUGCGUGUUAGACAGCAUCUGUAAGGAUUGCCCCAUGGAUUCUCCUCGGCAAUCUAAGAAGGUUCAUCCGAAUCGAGAGCCAAAGCGCACGCACAAUCAGCCAGGCAUUGCUCCUCAGAAAGAUGCCUAUGCCAGGCUUCUCAGCCAGCACAGCAGCAGUAAGUUCAGUCUGUAUCUAGAGCAAUAUGCAAAGGAUAUGUCCUUUCAGAGGGAUGGACCUGGACCGAGCACACUUCUCAAAGCCCACAGUGACAAGCUGAACAUACCACAGCGAAAAAGGGACCAAGUGCCCAAUGAUUUCUCUGAUUCAAGUGACUUCUCCCCAUCUUCCAUGAAACUUAAAGGAGAGGACAGUUCACUGUCGCUGUACAUGGAGAAACUGAACACCCGCGGCACUCAGCAGGACUGUGAACGGAAGCAAGGUGUGUGUGACAAGCAGCGACGGGGACAGAGAAGGGACACCGCCACCAGCCACGAUGGAGACAUCGAGUCUGGUGAGGAACUCAGCUCUUUAAAACCAAACAACCCCAAGAAACACCAGAAGCCGCAGAAGAAAAGCAAGGACUCUAAAGAGGCCGACUCGUUUGUUGGACGUCCCCAGUCCCCAAAGAAUGCCAGUGAAAGUGGACACGAGCAAGAGAAGAUGACAAAGUCGAAGAAAAAAAACCUGCCAAAGCACCCCGAAGACGAGAACAGCAGAGAAGGGACGGUCAGUUCAGGGGCCGACACUCAGAUGUCAAGGCCCAAGUCUCCUCAUGGUAAAGACAAAAGACUGCAGCAGCCCAGAGGUGCCAAUUCUCCUGCUGACAGGAAUAAAAACAAAGGAGGCAGAGGAUCAAAGAAACAAGUGUUUGAGUCCUACAUGACAUUGGAGGAGGUUUCUCAUGGCCUUAAAAGAGGAGAACUCAUUCAGGGACAGUUAAGGAUCAACCCAAAGAAAUACCAUGAAGCUUUCAUCCCAUCACCUGAUGACACAAGGGACAUAUUUCUUGAUGGGAUUGUAGCUCGCAACAGAGCUCUGAAUGGAGAUGUAGUGGUGGUGCAAAUCCUCCCUCAGGACCAGUGGAAGGUUGUGAAGUCCGACACUGACUGCGAGGGCUCCAGUGAGUCGGAGAACCAGAGAGAAAACGCGGCACAAACGGCGCAGAAGAAGACAGCGCACACCCCCAGGCCUGAUGUGAUAGUGGAAGACCAGUGCAGCGACCAGGAUGAACUCAUUAGAAGAGUUCAGAAUACCACCCUCACUGAGACAGGGGUACCUCUGGAGGACCCCUCAACCCCACGAUCCAAUGGAGAAAUACUCCAAAAGACUGCUAAAGUGGUUUACAUUGUUGAGAAGAAACAUUCAAGAGCCGUGACAGGUUUCCUGAAGUUCCUACCAGACAAGCCUUUCGCCAUGUUCUCCCCCGUGGACCACAGGGUGCCACGGAUAAACGUUCUCCUGGCUGACUGUCCCGAAGACUUUACUUCCCGCCCGGGCGACUACACCAACACCUUGUUCAUAUGUCGGAUCACCAACUGGGCAGCUGACAGCAACUUUGCAGAAGGUCAACUCCAUAAGACUCUGGGUCAAGCUGGAGAGAUCGAGCCAGAGACAGAGGGCAUUCUGAUAGAGUAUGAUGUGGAUUUUUCCGAGUUCUCAGAUGAGGUGUUAGACUGCCUACCCAAGAACUUGCCCUGGACCAUCCCACCUGAGGAGAUGAGCAAGAGGAGAGACCUGAGGAGGGAGUGUAUCUUCACAAUUGACCCUGCUACUGCCAGAGACCUGGACGAUGCUCUGUCCUGUAAACCGCUCCCCGAUGGUAACUUUGAGCUGGGAGUCCACAUCGCUGAUGUGAGUUUUUUUGUUGGGGAGGACAAUGCUUUGGAUGCUGUCGCCAGUCAAAGAGCUACUAGUGUGUAUAUGGUUCAGAAGGUGAUCCCCAUGUUGCCUCGGCUGCUGUGUGAGGAGCUGUGCAGUCUUAAUCCUCUCACAGACAGACUCACCUUCUCUGUCAUUUGGAAAAUCACACCUGAGGGAAAGAUCCUGAGCGAGUGGUUCGGCCGCACAGUCAUCCGCUCCUGCGUGAAGUUGAGUUACGACCACGCUCAAAGCAUGAUCGAAGCCCCCGAAAAGAUGUUCUCUGCUGAGGAGCUGCCACCUGUUGACCCUGAGCACCCCAUUGAUGAGAUCCAUCAGGCUGUGCUCAACCUGCACUCAAUCGCCAAGAACCUCCGGGCUCAACGCUUCUCAGGAGGAGCCCUCCGACUAGACCAGUUGAAACUCUCUUUCACUCUGGACAGAGAGACCAUGAUGCCUCAGGGUUGCUAUAUUUACCAGUACAGAGACAGCAACAAGUUGGUGGAGGAGUUCAUGUUACUGGCUAACAUUGCCACAGCCCACCACAUCUAUGGCAAAUUCCCUGAGCUGGCCCUCCUCAGGUGCCACCCUCCACCCAAGACCAAGAUGGUGGAUGAGCUCCAGGAGCUGUGUGACCAGCUGGGGAUUAACAUCGAUCUGUCCUCUGCAGGAGCGUUGCAUAAGAGUCUCAACACUACACUUGGUGAUGAUGAGUAUACUACUGCCAGAAAAGAAGUCCUCACCCACAUGUGCUCCAGACCGAUGCAGAUGGCGUUGUACUUCUGUUCAGGAGUACGCAAAGACAAGCAGUUAUUUAAGCACUACGCCCUCAACGUUCCUCUCUACACUCACUUCACAUCGCCCAUCAGGCGCUACGCUGACAUCAUUGUCCACCGGCUGCUGGCUGCUUCACUGAAUUGUGGGCCUAGUUUGGGGCUGUCAACACAAGAAGUCCAAAAACAGGCAUCGCAUUGUAACGACAAGAAGACGGUGUCCAAGAGAGUGCAGGAGCUCAGCUCUGAGCUCUUUUUUGGAGUCUUUGUAAAGGACUGUGGCCCACUGGACUCUGAGGCCAUGGUGAUGGGGGUGCUGGAUCAGUCCUUUGACGUGCUCGUCCUCAGAUACGGAGUUCAGAAACGCAUCUACUGCAAGUCUAUUGUGGGUCUGGACUCAUUCCACCAUCGUAAGGUGGGAAAGAAGUCUGAGCUGACUCUGGUCUGGACAGCAGAGGACCUGGAGAAGCCUCCAGUAGAGCAGGUAAUCUCAGUCUUCACAUUAGUGGAGGUGCAGCUCAAAGCGGACAGUGCACCCAUGAAAUACAGCGCAGUGCUCAAGAGGCCCGAGGAGAACGAGUGAUUCACACUCUAGUGUGCUGUAAAGCACUUAAACAAACCUGUAUAAAAAUUUGGAAUUGCACAUUUUCUUUAGCUGAUUGAUAGAAAUCAUGUGUAGUUUAGAUGCAGCAUUACUGUGGUAAGCAGGGACAUCACUGAUCAGGUCGGAGUCAUACUUGAAUUGAAAUUUGUUCCAAGUGUAGCCUGCUUAGUCCAAAUUAUCCACACAUGUGCAUGACUGCUGCUCAUUUUCCAAGGUAUUAUAACAUGUGUCAUAUUUUAAUGGAAUAAUUGCUGUGAAAGGGACUUCCAGCGUUUCUUUGGUUUCCAUUAUGACCAGGUAUGAGUAUGAAGUAUAAAACUCAAAUUGGUAGAAAAAAUGGCCAUCUUGAAAGUAGAACAAAAGUUAAAAAUCUACCUUGUACGGCUUUGAAAAAUGGGCAGACUUUCAUUAUGGAUUUCAAAUUGAAUUGUGACUCAGGUCUGACUGUGAACCCAUGGAGCAAAAAGUUUUAUUUUGCUGUUGAUGUAUUGUCCUAAUAAGGACUGCUUUGAUGUGAUAUAACUGCUGUUCACGUGUGAGAGCUGAAUUUUAACUAUUUUCAGUUUAUAACAAUGACUGGUGUCCUGAUCCUCGAUUGACGAGGGACCUGUAUUUGUGUUUGAAUACCACCCUACUGAAGCUGGCUCUGGUAUACGGUGUUGUGGCCAGAUCAGACAGUAAAAUGUAGCAGUAAUAUUCACAUUUGCAUAAAAACAAAAUGACAGCUACCACAUGCCACUUUUUAUAUAACCCUAUGUAUUUAAAGUGUUUUAUGCAGGAAGAGUUUUGAGAUUGUCCUGUGGAGGAGCUGAACAGUCUCCUCACAGGACUUUUCAUUUGUUCUUUAAAGGAAGGUUCUCAUUGAUUGAACACAUUGUUCUAGUCUGAACUGAGGUACUUUUUCUGUUUUUAGUACAUCAGUCAGUUUAAUAAUUUAUCAGCUCAUUUUUAUUGUUUUUAAUACAAAACAUGGGAAUGACUUGAACGUGAAAUGCUGCUGGAAAUGGUUGGUGGCCUUAAGAUCUUAAUGUAUUUUAUGUCAGCUCAGAGUGCUUCCAACUAGUUUUUUAUUAUUGUAUUUUUAUUUUAUUUUUUUUAUUUAAUUUUUUUUUUUGCUCAGAUUUAAUUUGUGCAGCCAAAAUACUUACUGGACCUCAUGAGAGUUUACUGUGAAUUUCAGCCUUAAUUUAGUCGAAACUACGAGACAAAACUACAUUUUAGUGCAGCUGCAUAGUACAAAGGGGCUGUGGGCCUCCUUUUUUUUUCUUGGCCUUGAUCAGUGUGCCUCCUUUAGAUUUUUGUUGAACAGUGCCAAGCAGUGUCGUACAAAUUAGCUGCCAUGUCUGCACUUUUGUUGUUGGUGGUGUUGGUUUUAAGUUAUUUUGUUUGACAUGAACUGACAUUUUGUGUCUUGAGCUUUAAAUGUAUCUUAAACCAGCAAGUUAAAGGGAUGUUCCAGUGUAAAUUUAAUUCAUGGUCAAACACACCGUGACCCCCCCGAGAGAUCAAGUUUGCAGACCGCUAGCUUACGUAGUUUUUGCAACCUCAGCAAUGACCUCACGAUAACAAUACAUUGCAGUCUAUGCCUCCAGCAAGAAACUGCCAUCAAAAUCCAUAAAUAAUGUUCAGAACAGUACCAAACUUCAGCAACAGUACAAAUAAGAUUGCAGUACAUAGUUUAAGGCACCAAACAGAAGCUAGCUUACCCGGAUUGCUAUUGUAAAGAGAACUCAUCUCACCACUCUUCCGCAACAGCUAGCUUGUUGUGGGGAGGCCCUGCGAGUCAGUUACCGGGUGCGCUACAGUUCUGCCACUCAAGGAUGAAAAUGUAUGAUUAUUACUCCAUGGAAAUGCAAUCAAAGUUCAUGUGUGUCUUGCCUACCAGCUUAUAACAGUUAUUAUCGAGAGCGGAUGGGGAAAAAAACGGAGUUGAGCAUUUCUAACCACACUCAGUAAUCGACUUGCAGGGACUUCCCAACAACAGGAAGCUGUGGCAGGAGAGUGGUGAGUUGUAUUCACUUCACAAUAGAAGUCCAGCUAAGAUGGCAGACAUAUGAUGCCUCAAUGUAUAUGCUGAGACCCAAUUUGUACUGUUGCUGAAGUUUGGUGCUGUUCUGAGCAUUAUUUGUGGCUUUUUGAAGGCUCUUUCUUGUUGGAGACAUAGACUGCAGUGUAUUGUUAUCAUGUGGUCUUUUUCUGAGGUUGCUAAAACUACGUAAGCUAGCAGUCUGCAAACUUGAUCUCUCGGGGGUGGUCUUACUCAGUGUCAUGGUGUGUUAGACCAUGUAUCAAACUCACAACAGAAUAUCCCUUUAAGUACUAAAGCAAAACAGCUGUACUGAUUUAGAGGGGAUGUUUCUUUGAUGAGGGUUUAAAAAUGUAUCUCUCACAUUUGAAAAACUUAGAAGGCAGUAUGGUUGGAAAAAAGAAGGGAAAAAAAGCAACUAAAAAAAUCCAUGAAAAACAAUAGUACAAUUUCUGUGUCUUUAACAAAGUUAUAAUGUGACAUGUAACUUUGAGUAUGGUCAGUAUUGAAAGUUCUAAACCACAAUACAGAGCAAUAGAUAGACGUGUUUGUCUACAGGUAAAUAAAUACAUACAAGAAACCCACUGGAGGAAAAAGUGA